AUGGAGUCUCUUCUCCCGCUCACGCUCAUCGAGCCCAUACUAUCUCUCAUCACUGGAAGCAAUGCCUUCAAUGCAUCAAACCUGCUCAACACUACCGCCCUCGCCGGCAACGGCACCACUGGAACCAUGGAGAUGCCCAAAGAUGUCGCCGGCUUGAUUGCAUUCGUUUCGUCAAGCAAGGCGCUCUUCGACUACCUCAAAAUCAUCAUCUUGGGCGCGAUGCUCGAGAUGCUUCGACGACUCUGGUCCUCUCUAUCCUCCUUCAGUAUCUUCGACAGGUUCACCCUAACGGCUAGCUUCGAUAGCGAAGACAUUUCAUACGACUGGAUGAUGUACUGGCUCUCCACACGUCCGAACUGGAAAUCGUUCCGAGAAUACUCGGUCUCGACUCAUACAUUUGGCUUGGAGAACAACGGUGUUGAGCUCAAUGAUGAAGACGAGGAAGAGGACGACCCGACUGGUCCGCUCCGCAAGCGCACUCGCAAGGUCCACUACCUCCCUGCAUACGCGACUGGCUACCGGUUCUGGUACAAGGGUCGAUUGGUCUGGCUUUGGCGCGCUAAAGAAGAGAAUUCAAGCCGAUGGGGUUCCGACAAGAGCACCCUCAUUCUCAACAUUCUUGGUACAAACCGACAGGUUCUAGACUCUCUGAUCAAGGACGCGAAGGAGACAUGGCUUAGUGCACGCAAGGAUAAGAUCGACCUCUACGCCAAUGAAAGCUACGGUGGUGAUUGGCGCUUCGUGACUUCGCGUCCUCAACGGCCUAUGGACUCUAUCGUCCUCGAUGCGGGGGUGAAGGAGCUCAUCCUUGGUGAUGCUCGCGACUUCCUUCGUAGCAAGAGCUGGUAUGGAGAUCGUGGUAUUCCGUUCCGCCGUGGAUACUUGCUCUGGGGUGUACCUGGCUCAGGAAAAACAUCUAUCAUCCAUGGGUUAGCCGGCGAGCUCGGUUUGGACAUCUACAUCGUGUCUCUAGCGAAGAGCGGACUUGAUGAUAGCACUCUCAAUCAGCUCAUCUCCAACCUUCCCGAACGGUGUAUCGCCUUGAUGGAGGAUAUCGAUGCCGCAUUCAGUGCUGGUCUGUCACGCGAUGCUAAGGGUACCGAGCUUGAGGACCCUCGUAGCCGCGAGGCUCGGAGGCGUCGCGAAGAGCUGGGAGAAGACGACUACGAUAGCGAUAGCUCCGAGGCACACGGCGAGAAGAACAACAACUCUAACGGCACACAGUCACGCAUCACUCUAUCUGGACUCCUCAACGCCCUGGAUGGCGUCUCUGCUCAGGAGGGAAGGCUACUGUUUGCGACAACCAACCGAUACUCCGCUCUAGACCCAGCGCUCGUUCGACCCGGUCGUAUGGAUUUGCACGUAGAGUUCAAACUCGCUAGCGCCUUCCAGGCUCGUGAGCUCUACAAGCGGUUCUAUCUCCCCUCUGCGAUCCGUAAGGACGACACUACUCCUUCCGAGAAGGCGCCAAAAACCGAGGACGCGGAUGACCACGAGAGUGACUCAGGAUUCAGCGGCUCCCCAGAACGAAAGGAUGAGGACCUCCCACUGUCGUCCUCGCAAUCAGCUUCUUCCGCCGCAAACUUCAGCGUCAAGGGUGCCCACCACAGCUCGCGCAUGCCAGUACUCUCCGUUGCACAGGUCGAGCGUCUCGCUACUCGCUUCUCCGAGGCCAUUCCUGAGCGCGAGUUCUCCAUGGCGAGCUUGCAGGGAUAUCUCAUGAACUACAAGACUCAGCCGUCUCUGGCAGUGGAAGAGGCGGGCGCUUGGGUACAACAGAAGCGCGAGGAGAGUGAGCGUAAGGAGAGGAUCGAGAAGGCACGAGCAGCGAGGAAGGCGGCCCGGAAGGCGAAGAAGGAGCAGGCGUCUAGUACGAAGAAGGAAAGCGAGGACACCAGUUGA